CGGCGAUUGAUGCAGUUCGAGACACGCAGAUAUCGCAGCAGCUUGACCGAGCGGGAUGCCAAGACACUCGAGUACAGGUCCACCAUCGACGGCUUCACCGAUAUCUUCCAGAAGGACCUUGGAAAGGUCCACGCACAGAUCCUCAAGUCGCGGAAUCAGGAUCGAGUACUUUCAUACGACAAUCCGGACGACCGUAUCCGGGUCUGCGUUCGGAAGCGACCCAUAAACAAGAAAGAGAUUGCUGAAGGCUCCUUCGACAUCAUCACCACGGCGACGGCCUCCUAUCCCUAUUCUCACAUCUAUCUGCACGAGCCCAAGAUCAAGCUGGAUCAAAGCAAGACCAUCGACACCCACAGAUUCCUCUUUGACCACGUCAUUGAUGACCAGUCCUCGAACGAGCAAGUCUACAAGAUGGCCGCUCGGCCGCUGCUCCGACUGUUUCUCGAUGGCGGCAAAGUGUCGCUGUUCGCAUACGGCCAGACUGGCAGCGGCAAGACCCACACCAUCUUUGGGAAGCCCAAGGAUCCCGGCGUCUACUACUACAUCUGCCAGGAUCUGUUCGCCUCACUUGCUUCGCCUGCCUCGCGCUCCGAGAAGCCAAGGCAAGGCCACGGCACAAAGUCGAGUCUGAAUCCAAGUUCGAAUGCGAAUGUGAAUGUGAAUGUGAAGCAGGAUCUCCGCUACUCGGUCGAGGCAAGUUACUUUGAGGUCUAUGGAGGCAAGGCCUACGACCUUCUCAGCCAUGAGCGCUCCCAUCCCCAGCGCAAGCGAGUCCAGUUGCUCGAAGACGGCAAGGGAGAGCUCAAGGUCGUGGGACUCACCGAAAUCAAAGACAUUGCGAGCCCCGAGCAGCUCUACCAGAUCGGAUGCCACGGCAACCAGAUGCGCACGACGGGCUCAACCGAAGCCAACGCCGAGUCCUCGCGGUCGCACGCUGUCUUCCAGAUCACCUUGAAGCAUAAGCUACGCAGGACCGAUGGAACCUGGGCUACCAGCCCCAGAGUCUUUGGCAAGUUUUCACUGAUUGAUCUGGCUGGCUCCGAGCGCGGCGCCGACACCGGGGAUAUCGACAAGGUCCGUCGAUCCGAGGGCAGCGAGAUCAACAAGAGCCUACUGGCGCUCAAAGAAUGCAUCCGGGCACUGCAUCGCCGAAGCAUGAUGGGCGAGCACGCCGCCAACGAGGUUCAUAUCCCCUUCCGAGGGAGCAAGCUCACGCAGAUUCUCCGAGACUCGCUCGUCGACCCAAAGUCGUGCACCGUCAUGGUGGCGACCGUCAGCCCAGGGUCCAACUCGGCCGAGCACUCGCUCAACACCCUGCGGUAUGCCGACCGAGUGAAGGAGUACAAAGGUAAAGGUGCCCGGGCAAAGUCGCUGCCGCCGACCCGACUGGUCAUUGACGGCCCAGCGCAAACCACAAACAACAACGACCCCGAGUGCAGCGAUGGCAACGACUCUGCCAGCCCACAACACAACGACGGCGACGACGAGUCGAUGAUGAGCCCCAACGAGGUGGUUGGCGUCUGCGUUCCGUCGCUGGCUGAGAUGCAGCUCCAGGACGAUGACGACGACGACGACGAUGACGACGAUGACAACAACAGCGACGAGGAGCAAGGCGAUGAGAAUGUGGCCGUGGCCGGUGAACUCGGCACGCUCAAGAGCUCCAUCCACCCUUCGGGCUCGAGCGACGACCACCCAGCGCAUCCGGACCGCUCGGAGGACGAGUCGAUGGGCUCGGAGAGGUCCAGUCCGGCCACCACGGAGCCAGUCGGCGGCGCACGCAGCCCACCACAUGUCGACUUGGCAAAGACCAAGCCAGAGGCCAAGCAGGAGGGGUCGCGCUGUGCCGACGAAGCCUCCCGGGCAGAGCAUGCAGAUGGAGCCAAGAUCCACGAGCCCGCACGCCCGCUGACGGCAUCCUCGCUGCUCGAGGAAGAGGACGCCCUGAUCAACUACCACAUCUCGACGCUCACGUCCAACGCCAAAAUCAUCCAGGACGAGGAGCGGCUGCUGAUGUCGGUGUCGACCGAGGGAUACGACAUUGACGAGUACAUUGACGGACUGGAUGCCGUGCUGGCCACGAAGAUGCAGAUGCUGAUAGAGCUGCAGACGAAACUGGGCCAGUUCCGCCGCCACGUCGAGGAAUACGAGCUGCAGGAGGGAGACCGGCUUUAGGAGACUGUCGCUGAAGGAUCUCUGG